CCGACUGGUAUAAAUAGGUGGUUUCUAGACCUUGGCCAUCAUUCCGCGACUUCUACGCGCCGUGACGGGAAACCAAUAGCCUACUCUUCCGCAAUCGACUUCCGACUCCCAGCAAGAUGUCCAAGUACAGCCUGGUCCUAUUGUCCGCCCUGCUGGGCUGCCUUGUGGCCGGCGGAUCGGCUGGAGCAAUAGGCGUGGAUCGCAACGAGGUCCGAGUGGUGAGGGAUAUCCACAUCUUUGCCGCCCAGCACCCGGGCCUGAGGAUCCAGCCACUGGAAAAGCAGAUCGUGCCCGGAAAGGCCCGUGCCGGAUCUCUAAGCGUGCGCUACAACCUGGGCUCCCGCAUUUCCAGCGAUACUCUCGUGUUCCAGACGGCCGACACCUUCGAGUUCCCACGGGCGCAGGACAUUAGCGUGCAGCUGAAGUACCCCGAGAAGGACGGCGACUCGGGCGCCGCCUUGUCCUACGUGGAGCUGGUCUGCACCCAGGACGACUACGACGGCACCGCCUACGUGGUGGCCGGCGGCAUUGGGCAGCGCUUCAUCUCCAUUGUGCUGGAGGCCAAGAACACCAAAAACUUCUCCUACCAGGCCCUGUACUACGGCCAGUGGAUCUAGGCGUUAGCAACCUCCCCCCUUAGGUUAUAUUUUACUUAAAUGAGUGUCAUUUGACUCCGAUUUCAAAUAUAAGUGACGGGCAAACGAAUUCUGAGUUUACCCCGCUAUAAGUAAA